AUGCACACUGCCACUCAAAUUAUCGCCCAACGGGCUCCUCCAGCGAGCCGCUCUACAAAGGCGGCUCGGUGGCAACCUUACCUCCAAUCAGCAACAACAACAACAACCACUGCUCAGCUCCCCCGCUCUCCCACAAUCCAUACCCCCCAUGCUUCUGUAUCAUCACCUGCUCCACACCCACCAAUUCAUCUCGUUUCUGCAGAAUCAAGUCGUACUCGCCCUUCUAUUCCACCCACCACCGCCCAAACUCCAAAGGAUUCUUCCCAGAGUGCCUCUUCUUCUAAACAAAAAUUCGCCUCCAGUCUUAUCGAUCAAGCUGUCAGCACCUUGUCCGAGAUCUGGCGCCCUCAGGAUAUCCCCUCCGUCUUUCUACCCCCCGCAAAAGCGGGGGGCUGCUCUUUUCCCCCUUCCACUCACCCACGUCAAUCUUCCAAGCAACUCUCCUCAGAUUUACAAUCCAUAGCAUCUCAUACACUUUCAACACAGCCACAUACCAGUCAUCCCUCCGUAUCCGGCCAUAAUCCUUCCCCGACCCUCGCCCUGCUUGCCUCGGGCACCGAAUCCGAUCAGAUAUUGCCCCUCAAGUCUUUUGUUCAUGAAGUCCUUCGACGAUCAAGGACAUCUGGAAACGUGCUGCAGACAGCACUAUGCUAUCUAGAAGCCAUUCGUCCCAAGGUCCCUCAGAUUUUGCAAGAGGAAAAUAUUGGCAUUCGUUCCUACUAUCAGCCUGAAAGCUGUAUUCAGAAAGCCACCCCAGAAGAGCUGGCGAUGGACGCUGAACUCACUGCUCUCGAGGAUGCCGGCAAGAUCAACAUCAUCAAUAGUUUUAUUGAUGAUUCUAUGCAAACUGUCCGCGUCGCCGAUUCUGGUCCAGAAGAUCUGGCCGAAUCGUGCAUCUAUCCAGAAGAUUCUCUGUCCAAUGUAGAUGUACAGGUCUCAACAACACCUCCUUCCACCCCUUCUCUGCCAUCUCCCCUCCUGUGUCCCCGUAGAGCCUUUCUGGCAUCUCUCAUCCUGGCCUCCAAAUUUUCUCAAGACAAGUGUUAUUCUAACCGUGCUUGGGCAAAAUUGUCUGGUCUUCCACCUCGUGAAAUUGGUCGUUGCGAACGUGCCCUCGGACAAGCCUUGCAAUGGCGACUCUGGGUCGGCAAAUGUGCAUUUGGUGAGAGCGCUGUGACUACCACAUCGUCUCGCACUGUCAUCCGAUCUCAUAGUGAACCGUCGUUGAUGCCAGCAUCAACAAGUACACCUUUCUUGAGCCAGGAUGAGUCACAUGUUUCCCAAGCCAUUUCUCAUACUACCAAGUUGUCAGAAAAGGUCUCUACUACUGGUCGACCACAAGCUGGCAUCCGUCGAUGCUUGUCUCUUCCAUUGGAGUCGACUUUGCCAAAGUCUUCUUCUGUUGGCAGCGUCUUGCACUCUGACUCGGAAACAUAUCAACAGGAUCAGGUUAUGAGUCGACCCUCAGUAUCUGAUCACAGUGUUUCGUCGUCUCCGAGUCCUCCCACCCCAACUCUCACGUAUUCACCACUGUCUACCGACUCGUCUGGAGAGCGUACCAUCCAAGUCACUGCCAUGGACGACGUAUACUCGUCGUCUUCAUGUAGUGGGUCACAGCCAUGGGUUGGUCUUGUGGUUGAUACCUCUUGUGACAACGGUAAUGUUUCUUUCGGCGGCGGCCUCUGCCGGCUCGAUGGCCAAGACUUUGCGCGCCAAUUGGCUAUGCUGCAGUCUCAACCCACGCCGGUGGCUGUUGUCGAAACCGACGUCGCUACCUACGGAGCUAAUUACAUGUGGAGCGCGGAUAGUCGUUACAUUCUGGAAGCCACGGAAGUGCAUUGA